AUGUGUCGUAACCCGGAUGCUAGUGCCCCGGAUGGACCUUGGUGUUAUACCACUGACACUAAAGUUCGAUGGGAAUAUUGCAACAUAUCCCGAUGUCCUCCAAGAGGUAUUAGUUUUUAACGUAGCUUUUAAAACUCUAAUAUGAUCCUUUAACUAGACAAAUUAGAAAUGACAAGACUGGGUAUUCUUGAGGAGGUGAGCGCGUCAAGACUUUUUGCCAAUAGAGUACUAAAGUGUGACGUCAUAAAAAUGAAAUUUCUGAAAUUAUGGGAUUUGUCAGGAUAUUCUGAAAGAACAAUGUCCAAGAGGCCUACUUGCCAAAAAUGAGCAUUUCGGGCCAAAUUGUCUCUGAGAUAGUAGCCCAGUUAUACUCAGAAAACUCCAUACAAACCCUUCUAAUUUUUUUUGGGUCGAAUCGACCCAAAAAAAAUUAGAAGGGUUUGUAUGGAGUUUUCUGAGUAUAACUGGGCUACUAUCUCAGAGACAAUUUGGCCCGAAAUGCUCAUUUUUGGCAAGUAGGCCUCUUGGACAUUGUUCUUUCAGAAUGUCCUGACAAAUCCCAUAAUUUCAGAUAUUUCAUUUUUAUGACGUCAUCAGCCUCACUGCAAAUAUAACAGAUAUAUGAAUUUUAUCCUACUGUUAUUUUGAAGAAAGAGAAACCUUACAUCGAAAAGCUCAGAAAAAUUAGAAAUACAUUUCAAGGAAAUGAAAUGCAGGGCGAUGACUUAAGAAAAUCCAGCAGUAAUUCUAACAAAUGGAAGACUGAAUUUUUUACGUUCAGUGCAAAAUAAUUUUUAUCCUCAAUAAGGAACGCUAUCCUUGACAUGACAUACUAAAAAACUUUUACUUUUUCAAUGGCUUAUCGUUAACUUUUUAUAUUUUCCGUUCAUAAUCAAUGAAGUUAGUUUAAUUGCUUUUAAAUAUUUAGCUUCUGUUUCAAAUAGUCUCUAAUGAUAAUCUCUACCUCUCCAGUUCCUAAACCUCCAGGCUCUUUAAAAGGCUACCCCCUUAACUCAACUUCAAUCUACAUAUUCUGGAAGAGAAUUCCCCCAUCGUCUCACAAAAAACAACUACUUGGCUACCGGAUACAGUACAGACGCCUUGGAUCCCUGUUAUACAGUGAACUGAAUAUCACCAGCAACAUUACUGAGACCGUUAUUAGCAGUCUUGAUUUCCAAACCACAUAUGAGAUUAAAAUAAAUGGCUUUAGCGAAAUUGGUCAAGGACCCCCUGGGAAAACCCUUGACAUCAAAACCUUACAAAAGGGUAAGUACAAAGUUGUGGACUCUACUUGUCUUGGAAUUUCAUCUUAUUUUUACGCUACUGAAUAGAGAAGAGAGGUGUGACGUCACGUUACCAUGGUAGCAAACAAUAGGGAGUUUUUGCAACUGCGACGGCAAAAACAGGUUUCGAUUGGCGAAAAAAAGUUGCACGUGCAUCACGCUUUUUUGUACAUUUCUUAGCCGUCGUUGCACGACUGCGACAUGAAACUUCCUAAUUUCACGCGCCCGCUUUAUGGAGUAGGUGAGCACAACGCAAAAAUUUUCUUUUUAUUUUUCUAAACUUAGAUACGGUCCUUUCGGAUUUAACCCAGAAAAUUUCGCCAACAUUUGACAAAUUAAAUGAAAUUUUAAUAAGAUCGAUGAAGUUUGAAACCGUGCGAAUCCACUUUUUAAGUGACGUUUUGGUUUGUUGUCAUCCAGGAAUUUUGCUCCCAAAGCAACGUGAGGUAACGACUUCUCCUUUCUAUUAUGGUCAAAUCAAACCUGUGUUAAGCCAUCCCACUUUGGGAACGGCCUGCGUGGUUAUCCGUCACCCCACUGGAGAACACAGACGAUGUCAAAAUUUGCUGGGAAAACAAAACAGUUCCGCCUCAUUGUUAAUCAGGAAGACAGCCAUAAGGAUAAGAAAAAGUAUCCUGAAAAAGUGAACCUCAAAGGGUUUUCUGACUCUCCGUAUGCCAAAAUGAGAGAAAUUACCGACCAUUGUGGGUCACACACACCCUAUGUACCAGUGCGGUGGUAUGGUACAUGUACAUGUUCCUACUGAAAACCGGAUCGUUAAUGGAACAGACCUGAUCUAAAUACGGUGAAAACCAAACACAUGCGCAAUUAGAGAAACAAUUAUAUCACAAAUACCCUGGGCCAUUUCACAGUUAUAGAUGGAGACUGGCGUUGAGCUUGUUUUGAUACAAACCUUCCUGUUUUCUUAUGUAAAUCAUGUUGUUCUUACGUUAUCUCUAUUUUGCAAGCAUACUUUCAUAAGAAAACAGCCAAUCAGAGCGCGCGUACUAUUGUAGCCAAAGAAUAAUGUUGUCUAAAGGUCCAUCCCGUUUUUACUAGUUCACUGAUAACUGAAAACUUACAAUUUUAUUUCAUUGUUAGGUGAGAUCCUCAGUGACGUAAAAUUUAUGUUCCUAAUUGAUACAGCUUUUGAGAGUGAGCUACUAAAUAGCAGUAGCAACGUGUUUAAGACAAUGGAAGAAAAAAUUAGAUCGUCGGUGAGUAGGGGUUUUCAGAUUCUUGUUUAAUACUACCGUAAAUCCUCUAUUAAGCCCCCCGGGGGGCUUAUUUUUUUCAAGCACUUUUGAGGGGGGGCUUAAUAGAGAGGGGGGGCUUAAAAGAGAGGGAGGGCUUAUUUAAUUUAGCGACAGGAGCAAGGUUUCUCGAGGACGGACUUGUGGUUCCCGGGCGGUAUACUGCUUUGACUAACGAUAAGAAAAUGGUGACAAUUCUCCACAGAGAACUAGAUCGCAAAGUCGAGAAAGUUUAGCAUAUGAAGUUGGAGGUCAUGCGGCCGAAGACCAAAAACAAUACGAACUUCCAGCGUGAAUAAACCAUAACUGACCAGUCCACGUUAAUCGUUAAUUUUUUUGUGAAGAAUAAGGAUUGGGGGAGGGGGAGGGGGGGCUUAAUAGAGAGGAGGGGCUUAUUAACUUUCCCCCUCUGAAAAGGGGGCGGGCUUAUUUGAGAGGGGGGGCUUAAUAGAGGAUUUACGGUAUUUAAAGAUGAUCAAGUUAUGAAGCUCGUCAGACUCCUUUGUUAUAAGUUUAGGUCAACUUGACGGCGCACAACGUUCAAUAGAAGUCCUAUCAUUUUCAUCUUGUUGGCCAAUAAAAAUGUCGCAAAAGAUUUUGCACCGUCUGGGAGCUCUUAACGUACAUUACAGCACCGUUGUUUUUAUCUUUGAUGUUUGCCGUCUUUCAUAACCAGUCUCCUCUGCUAAAUAUGUCUCAAGCGAGUGACUGGAUGUUUUAAACUUUCAGGUAAAACACCAAUUCAACGGCUCUUCCCUAUUUUACAAGGUCAGAGUAUUGGGCUUCAGGUAUACCAAAAUAUCUUUCUUCCAUAUUUUCUGGUGUCAGUAGGUAUUCGAAAGCAAUAGCCGAUAAAGCUUCUCCACACGAGAGACCUUGGUAGAUGUGCCUAGAUGCUCAUGUCCAAAACCCAUUGCUAAGAUUCAAGUCAGGACCAUGAAUAGCUUAUCUGAUGAAGGUUACUUUGAACAUUGGGAAAUGCGCUUUCCGAAGCUAUUGUUUUGGGGUCACUGAACCAAAUCAUAGGAGUGAGUUCCGUAUGCUAAAAUGCCGAAUUGCAAAAGACCAAUUGCCGAAGCAACCUAUAUUAAAUUAGGUAUAUACAUAUGGGAUGUAGGCAUGGCUUUUAUUGUGUAAAGGGCGCUUACCAUUUGUCAGAACUGCCUGGCAAGACCAGUUUAGUCGUAAAGAGAAUUCCACUGUUGAUCAGGACGAUCUGGCCAGAUAAGUCUAUUUCUAAAUAAAGUGCAUAGCAGUGAUGGGCUUAAGAGAAGAUUAAUUUCCAGAAAAAGGCUUAAUAUUUCAUUUCUCCUCCGAAAUAACCGGUCCAGUCGGCAGUUCUGACAAAUGGUGAGCACCCAAAGAUAAUGCCUUGAGAGUUAGAGGAUGCUUGACAGUCAUUCCCUAACCUAGCCUCACUUAAACCACUACCACCACCACCACCACUAGAAAAAUACCUUACAUUUAUGUAUCAUGCUUAACUUACGUUCUUCUCCGGGGUUGUUCACCUUCGGUAAUUUUCAGUAAUGGAAGUGUGAAGGCGGACAUCUUAGUUAAAGUCAAAGUAAAGGAGCAUACCAUGAAAACGAUGGUUGUAACUCGUUUGAUGGACAGAUUUGAUAGCUCGUUCAAAACAAGACUCGGAAUUUCUGCUAUCACAGUUAAAGGUUAGUGGUCAAGUAUGGAUCACGGUGAUAUUUGUUCCUCUAAAACGCAAAUUUGUUUUGUUGCUUUUUUGUCACUGGUUUCAUUUAUUGCUUUUUAAUGUUAGUUUGUUCAUAACCAUCAACUACGAUCGAGUGAUUGCACCACAUGUACGUUUAGUUGCAAAACUAUAGCAAGAAAGAAACUAGUUUACUCUUCAUUAUUGCAAACUUACACGUGUUGAUUAUCACCUAUCUUUUAAUGUGAGCAAAGAGUUUCCUUUUUAGUAAGGGACUUUGUUCCUGCCAUAAAUAAAAACUUUCGGUUCCUUCAAUUUGUUGAUUUAGGAAACUUAAAGGAUUUGUUGUUUUUUAAACAACAGAAAAACCGCCGCCGCCUGUAAGCCCAAGUGUAACAAAUAUCCAAACGCGGUACUUCAUAUUAACCUGGGACAAACCAAAAUAUGGCAGUAAUUACCACAUAAACAGCACCAUAGUUGAGCUAAAGAAGGAAGGCUUUGGUAGCUUCACACCUGUAAAGAAACUGCCAUACUCUCAAACUGGAAUGAUGAUGGAGAAUUUGCAACCUGAUACAGAGUAUGAAAUUAGGUUGUCAAGCAGCAACAAAUAUGGGACAUCAGAUAAUGGAACUUUGUUAAAGCAAAAAACUUUACCUGGUAAGGGCUAUAAGGGUUUAUAAUCCUUUCAACCCCAGUGGCAAUUAUAGAGGAUGAAAUAAAGGUCUAACGUUUGAGUCUGUGUAUGAAACCCUACGAUGUGACCAUUCAAAUGAAAGCUACUGAGCAGUACUUUCCUGUGGUACUGUUUAUUGGGCUGUACAAGGUGGUUCUAACUUUUGAGUCUGUUUAUGAAACCCUAUGAUGUGACCAUUCAAAUGAAAGCUACUGAGCAGUACUUUCCUGUGGUACUGUUUAUUAUGCUGUACAAGGUGGUUCAAACUUUUGUGCCUGUGGAUGAAAUCCUUAAGGGUGACCAUUCAAGUGAAAACUACUGAGCAGAACCUCCUUGAGGUACUGUUAACUAUGGAGUACAACUUGGUUCUAACUCUUUCUAACUCUAAGUCUGUGGAUGAAAUCCUAAAGUGUGACCAUUCAAAUGAAUCUUCUCAAGCUGUACUUUAGCGCUAUGUUAUUCGUCUAUCUGAAUUUUACAAACUGAAAUUUGGGAUCUAUCAAUAAUUUUCACAGUAGCCACUGUUAAAGGUGAGAAGUAUUUAAUAAGUAAUAAACUGCAUUUGAUUAUUUUCAUUAUUUUCACAAAUGUACGAAAAGGACUCUCCAGACUGAAAAAGCAGUAACUAAUUUAAUUUCUGCUAGGGAGCCGUAGUAGUAAAGUAGGAACCAAAUUAGCCUGGUAUUGUAAGACAAAUCUAUCCUAAAGCUACCAAGGGGGAAAAGUAACUAAUUUAUGACGUCAUUAGGCUUAGGCUAACCUCUUUUGUAUUAAUCAUUUCAUUGCCAAAAACGCCUUUGACAGUCAAGACCUAGCCUGCGCCGCAGACUAAACUUGACUCUGGUUAAGUUCGUCUGCGAAACAGUGCCGAAAUCCUUUUUCUGGGCCCCAAUUUGUGUACCCAUAUUUGAGUACGCGCCAUGAUUGGCCUGUUAAAAAUGCCAUUGUCGAUUGCUAGUGACUAUGAAAGGAAAUUCGAAACGCUCUUCCGGUAAUUCGCUGAAUCCGUUGGGGGCCCAACGGCCCGAAGCCGAAGUUAAAUUACUGUACAUCUGCGACGUAGGCUGGUCAAGAGGCCCAUGCGAACAAGAAAUGUCUCAGCUUUGUUUCUUGCCCUCACCGUCCUAUUUUUCUCCAUAGACAGGUUCAUCAAGAAUUUGCUGCUUACAAUCGUGUUACCCUUGGCUUUAGCUGUUUUAUUCAUUGGUUUUGUUUGCCUCAAGUUUCGCCCAACUUGCCCACAGCCAGAAAAAAUAAUAUGCGAAAAGGUAAAGAAAGGGUUCUCCAGCCAUCUUUUGAUGCCCGGCAAAUAAGCAUUUCGUCAUUCCAGUUUGUUGCGUAAUUCAAAUUGCGUGGAACGGGUUAACUUAAAAAGUACAGAAUUUAUCAAAUUUAUUUCUACUUUUGCUUUGCAUAGUAUGAUGUUUGUAAUAGUUAAGGUUGUAUUGAAUAUCUUAAGUUUAUGUUAGGCGAUUGUCAAAAACGUUGCAGUGACACCAGUCGCCUGCAGCUCGUGGUUCAGCUUCAGAAAUUUUGAACAUGUUCACCCCAUUUCUAUAUUAUUUACAAGACUGCAGACCAUGCAAAAUAAGUUGUUGUCUAUUUGUUCAUUAAAUUAAAGCCUAGCUGGAAAGAUAUUAAUCUUUAACAUAAAUGAAAUGUUUUGCCUGAGUGUGUACUUGUGGUUUCUCUAGAUGGUACUAGGAGAGCGUGGCUAUUGGUUUGAAUUACCCAGAUCCGCGGUUGAGUUUAAGGAGAAGUUAGGUGAAGGGGCAUUCGGUGAAGUUUUCAAAGGUGUGGUUAGAAUCGGUGGGCAGUUCAAGAACUGUGCUGUAAAGAAACUUAAAGGUAAAUGGGGAUCAUUAUUUUUUAUGGAAACAUUGUUUUUACUAGGUGUAAUUAUGUUCACAUGACAUCUGAUGACGUAAUAAUUGAUAACUAACGGCGUCAGUCAAAUUAAAGGGAUUUCAUUUUGGGGCCCUGACAGCUUUCGUAGGCUAAAGGAAGUAUGUUAAAAACAUUCAGCAGCAAGAAAAACCCUUUACCUUCCUGUAUGAACCCCAAAUGAACUAUUUAUUUUUAUAAAAUCCACAGAAAAGUAACUGAAAAAUAAAGUGGGACGCUGAUCUUUUGUCCUUAUUUUGUUUUUCUUACGUGACAGUAACUAAUAUUUUCUCUUUCAUGUCUGUCUUUUUAUUUUCUUGGCAUUACUUAAUAUUUCCCUAUCUUGGGUAGCAUUUAAAACUUUUAUUGCAUUAACAUUCUAUACAAAUUUAUACUUUCACUUCGUCGGGACGCUCAUCUAGGAAUUUACGACAUGGUGGGUUGAGGUGAAAUUGUGUACAGAAUCAAAACUGUAUUAAAGUCAAUUCAGUUAUACCCGAACUCGCCGUUGACAAUUUUUGGAUUUUUCUUCGCCUCCUUUUAAUGACCUGUAUACUCAAACCUCCAGAGGUACAAAUUUCAUUCACAAAUCCCUUACAUGACUUAAAUACAAUUAUCUCCCAGUUUGAUGGUUGUUUUAAUAGGGCGGGGGAGAGGUCAGGACCCGGUCCCUCCCACCUGGAUCCACCAUUAAGAUUGCAAUUGAUUUUGAUGCCUAUCUAAACAAAGACUGAAACCUUCAAAUUACAGCAAACGCCACGGAAGCAGAAAAGCGUGACUUGAGAAACGAACUACAGAUAAUGGCUACAGCGGGUGAACACCCUAACCUAGUAACUCUCAUGGGGGCCAGCACAGAAGAAGGUACGAGAUAUACCUUACAAUGGGAGUGUUUUCAGGCGGGAUGGUAGUCUGGUUAGAUCCGGCCCCAACGCGUGCACGUGCUUAGCUCAAAGUAGGGAGUGCAAGCACCACGACAGCGACGACAAUAUUAAGACUAAAAAAAGCAAUAGGUUUAAUGAAACACCCUACACAUGCAUCACCCUUUUUAGCUAGCUCCGGAUCGGCAUCAGUAUCAGAGAACAGUUUCGACUCCUUUAAGUUAGUUCUAGCUAUCUCUUUUUCUAUAUACUCGCACAGCUUUUUCAUACUAUUAUACAUUUAUCCAUUAUCUGCCAAAAUAGUUUAAGCCCCUUGAGGAAAAAGUUAAUAAACGCCCCUCGAUUCAUUGCCUUCCUUUGAAAAAUCGCCCCGCCCUUUUUUAAUUCAAGAAACUGCUGUAUUUUGCAAAAUCAGUUUAAGGAUUCUAUUAUGAAUUUGGGGUUUGGCAUGGAGGAAUUGGGAGUGACAGUUUUAACUUUAUGUUUAAAAUUUUCCUCACAUUCAGAACCAGUACUGGUUGUCGUUAGCCUAGCUCAGAACGGCUGCCUGUUAAAUCAUCUACAGAAAAGCAGAGAACAUCCGUAUAUCAACGUCGCAAAACCUGUCCGUGAAAUAAAUUUUGACGUCAACGAGAGAGUGCGGAUCGCACGUGAUAUUGCCAAUGGAAUGUUGCAUCUUUCAAACAAAAAGGUAAAUAAAAUAAUUAUAAUCAUGAUCAUGUUCAUGAUCGCUAUUAUCAUCAUCAUUCUAGACACUUAAAAUUCCACUUUACUUCGAAAUAAAAGUUCCUUAUUUCUUCACUUUUAAUUACAAAUUAAUGGAGAUUAACUAAAAUGGACAAUUUAAAUGUGGUUGUUUUGCAGUGCAUUCAUCGUGACCUUGCAGCGCGAAACGUGCUACUUGACGACAAAUUCGUUGCUAUGGUUUCUGAUUUCGGCUUGUCACGUGACGUGUACGAAAGCGGCGCUUAUGAGAACACCACUGGGGUAUGUUUUAAUUUUCUGUACAUAUUUCAACAAGCUAAGGCCAAGAAAAUGCCAGAAAUAACAAGAUGGGAGGUAAGCUAGAUGCCUCUACCAUCCCCCCAGAGCAUCUUGUAUCGACGUUAAUUAAUUUGGUAAUGUGUGGUGACAGUCGGUUGUUAUGGAUACGAGAUAUGACGCCAUAAGGGCAUUAAUUUUCAAAUAAGAAUCUAACACCUUUUUUCUGCUUUCAUUUUUAACCAGGGUGUGCUACCAGUUCGUUGGAUGGCACUUGAAUCUCUUGUGGAUUACACCUACAGCACCAAGACUGACGUGUAAGCAAGUUUUGCUCGACACUGAAAUUCAAAGACAAAGAAAUUUUCACCAUAAAGGCCUUUCCAUUUUCGUUUCAGUUUACUUUUAUUUUAAGUUAAGCUUCACAGAAAUUCACUUUAUGACCGACAGGAAUGAAUUUAUUGUAUCUCAGAAAGCACGUGCUUUAUCGAUUGUAUACUUAGACUUCGUCAAUAGAAGAAGAAAGUGCAAUUCAUAAUCAAGAAAAGGAAUAGGUUUGUACUUUAGGAUAGCGAUUAGGAGCAAUAUCCCUCAAACGAAUUCAAAGCUGCUUUCGUGAUUUGAACAAGGCUGUAUUUUACACAUUAAUUUAAACAAAAAACACAGCCUUAAACUACUUUUUUUUUCUUUGCAGCUGGUCAUUUGGUGUAACAUUGUGGGAAAUUGAAUCUGGAGGUACUUAUUAACUAACCGCAUGUGUCGUCUGUGUGUGUGACAGCAAAUGAUAGGUAUAAGAACAGGUGGAAGUUAUUGAGUAAACUGGUAACGCAAGACUUCCGGAUUCAUUAGUUCUCUCAUACGAAAAAUAAGAGAGUAAAAAAUCCCGCGCUUCAAAACCUUCCUGCCUCCAGUUAUUUUGUCGGAAUAAGAUCUAAAAUACCAAGAAAACAAUUCAUUAAUUUGUUUUGAUGGUGUUCUGAGCGGCGUUAUCCACACCGCGGGUCACGAGGUUUUGCAAGACGCGUAUUUCUAUAGUAACGUUGCCAUUAUUAAUUUUGUUUAAUGGUGUCAUUUUUAAAUUUAGGUGCGAAGCCUUAUCCAGGUCUGGCUGGUAUGGAGUUGGUGGACUUUCUAAAUUCAGGACGACGAUUAAAACCACCGGAUAGCUGCCCGAAUAAUAUGUACGACACAUCAUCGGUCUAUAGAUUCUUUUGAUAAAUCAUAAAUGUUGACCAUUUUAGGCCUGGUUCAGUCGCCGCUCCACUCAUGUGCCAAACCUAACUGAUCAAUUAAGUAUGGCAAAAGAGCGGUGUCUAAAUCAAUGCGUUAAGUUCGACAGAGUCAGUCGAACUUAACUUAGCUCGACAUAAGGUGCGCCCUUUGAAUCAGAUGUCGCGCCAGUGUCGCUCCAAAGUCGAACUUAUUCAAUUAGGUUCGGCACAUGAAAAGUGCGGCGUGUAAACUCUGGCCAAGGCACCAGAAAGGCUGUCGAAAAUUCAGUUUUUUAUAGUUAUUAUUUCUAAGAGUUUUUAUUACGAACUCUGACCGCAAGAACAGUUGGUUAUAAUAUGUUAGUUCUUGGAUGGAAGCUUGCACCUUCUCAUUACUAAGCUUUUGACCAGAAGUUGAAACUUAGGCAAACUAAUAUAAAACAACUCAUGAAGCGGCAAAAUGAUGGUACUUUGUCUCACUCAUGUAGUCUUGAGAUGAUGAUGGCAUGUUGGCAUCCAGAUCCCUCACAACGCCCUUCCUUCAGCGAGAUUGUCGCCUCACUGGAUCAAGCACUGCAAGCAAUUCGGUGAAUAUAUGUAAUACGCUUACAGUUAUGUUUUGUUUUUCUUAAAGAGCUUUGUAGCGACAUUCUGGUCCUUUUUUGCAAGGUGCUCCAAAUAUAUGUUUAAUUGAAUCGUGAAACAUCAAAAUUUUAGUUUGGUGAAACAGAGGAACGCCUAACGAACGAAGCUGUAGAUGCUACCAAGCGGUAUGGGGUGGGGUAGGGGGGAUGUAAAGACUAUUACAUAGCUUCUUUAAGAAACAUUCCAUUUUGCUGAACGUCUUUUCACAAAUGACGUCCAUAAAUGUGCUCUGAAUACAGCCAACCAGGGUUCUAUCUAGGAUUUAUCGUUUAGGGGAGAAGUCCCGAGUGGGCGAAGGCCACGAGCUUCCUAGCGGGGGUCCCCGGCAAGUUUUUGAAGUAAAUAUGCGCUGAGAUGCAGUCUGGCCGGUGCAUUUUGAGACUCAAUUUGAGAAAUGUUACAGUGUGUGCACUGAAUUCGUCACGUCUGAGUUAUUUUUCUGAUAUAGUUAAUUAAUAUAUACUGAAAUGAUAACUGACAAAAGGUUUUUGGGGGAAGCUGGGCAUUUUUUUGGGGGGGGGGGGUGGAAGCUACUACCCCUAAAAUACCCCAAUACCCCAGAUAGAACCCUGCCGACACUGACCGAGAAAGGAGUUCCACACUGGUGUUCUGAUAUUAAGACGUCUUUGUUCUUUCAUGUUUCUUUGUCAUCAGCCGUUGCUAAACGUUCCUAAAAACUACAGGUCAUAUAAAUUGACCCAUGCAUUUUGCAAAAGGUGCCUGUAACUAUUUUACCUUCAACAAAAUGCUUAUUGUUCUUUUACCAUCAGGGUUAAUCUAGCUGAUGGGACAACUGGGAGUGAAUUUCAAAGAAGCACAAGUCUGGCAUUGGAAACCGAUGACCUGAAUAACGAUGACAUGAGCAUCAACCUGCGAGAUGGAAUCACUCAAUACCGACCACUAGCAAACACAGAUAUGGGAUCGGAACUAGAAGGCGAGGCAGAAAAUCACAAAGAAAAUAAAACUGAGGGAUCAGAAGACGUUUGACAAAAUUACAGACCAUAAAAAUAGAACCAGGUUCUAAGUUCAAAUCUCUGUGAGCUUAUUCUUUGUAUGCAACUGCGUCACAUGCAAGGCGUCCAUGUUGGUGGACAAUACACUAAAAACGUUUUCGAUGAAUUAACAAAAGAUGGAGUUUAGUUCCCACUAGCAUGGCCUCCGUGACGUCACGUGCAAACCAGUAAUACGCAGGUCUGUCAACUAGCUUUGAUACCCCUUUGACUUAAAUACAAUCCACUAGCUUUUUGUCUCAAACAGCAAAUAUGCCCUGAACAUGUACAGUUAUAAAGAGUAGGCACGCCCACAUGUGCAGUGGGGAUUAUCGUGAGACAGUUAAUAAAAGUCGUAUAACCUUAAGCCAGCGGUUUGUAACAUUGCAGUCCAUAUCUUAUCGAUUAAUAGUGUCGCCUUCGAAAAGCAAACUUUUCAAAAGAGGGACGAGGUGCCGAGAAGAAAAAAGAAAGUGCAUGUUUUGCUGCACGUUGAGCGGAUUUGAUAUCAACCAUUAAUAAUCUAGUCUGCUACACAGCCGUUUUUAGUGUAGCAGAAGUGUAGCAGACUAUUAAUAAUCAAGCAUUUGAAACAACAGUGAGCCGAAUCAGCCGAUAUAACCGGCAUUUUUCGGAUCCGUUUCAAACUAAAAACAUAAUUUGCUGCAAGAAACUUCAUAGGAUAGUAAAUUACUGUUAUUGAGAGCUGUGUAUGGACCUCUGCUGUUUUGAUCUAGUAUUACAGUGCAAUUGUUAUGAACUACAGGAAGAUUUCUCUUUUAUAUGUCCUUGUUGGAGCAUGUUUAAUUGGAGUUGACUAUGCACAACUCACAAUAGCAUUACAACCCUGUUGGUGAAGCGAACCAAUAAAAACAUUCAUUCUCG